AUGACGCGGACAUGUCCGCACUGUGGUUCUUCCGACAUCGAUGAAGAUGCUGCCCGAGGAGAUGCCACUUGCAUGGCAUGUGGGACCGUACUGGAAGAGUCUAUUGUGGUAUCCGAGAAUCAAUUUCAAGAACGGGCCGGUGGAUCUGGACAUACUUUAGUUGGUAAGUAGUA